AUGCCGCGGGCGCCAGUGGUCGGAUGCCAUGGGCCGCCCCUGGGCCAUGCCGUGGGCGCCAUGGCCGCCCGUGGCAAGGAGCCGCGGCGGGGCAGCACUCCAGAGACGGGGCGCGAUCCUCUGGUGCCGCUAGCGAUGUGGGCCCACAGUGGAAAGGAGAGGCUGGUGAAAGGGACGCUCCGGUGGGAGCUCAACUUCCUGGGCGAGGAGACGGCAGGUGCCUCGGCGACCCGUGCAGAGUGCCUCGAAGCUGCCCCGCACUGCACGACGCGGAGUCGACAGAUGGAGUCGCUUUACUACCUCUCGUGGAGCUCUCGUGGCAAGUGCUGCUGCCAUUGCAAUGCUGCGGAGCGCUCCCGGGCAUCGAGCCCUGCGGCGCCCUCGGCCCGGCGGGGGGCGCGGGCGAGCUGGCCGGGCUGCCCGCCCGGGGCGCGGCCUGCGCCGCGCUCUUGCGCGGCGCGCCGCUGGCGUGCUCCCUGCGCAUCCCUUCCAGAGCAUGGGGCAGGAGCAGCCAGUAUGGCCCCUGA